UUUUGUUGUUGUUUGCCAAACAAUAGGAGACUUCGUACUCUUAAAUCGGGGGACCGGAUCGUUAAUUGUUCUAUUAAAUGCAGUUAACGCCAUCGACUCGCCGGAGCAGAGCGGGAUCAAAACUUUGAGUGAACUCUGGGCCCCCUGGAGUCAUAGGUGCCCGGCGGAAUCGUAAUCUGAACCCGAAUCGCUCCAUCGGGAAUUAUUAAUUGUGAAACUGAGCAAUGAACAAGGUGGGCAAGCAUAUCCAAAGCGGCAUCUCUGGCCUGGGAAACGGCGGUGUUCCAUUGUCCACGGCGACUCUACUGGGAUCUCCGCUGGAGGCAGCCAAUGGAACCAAUGGUUUGGCCAGUACCACUAAUGUGUUCAAUUCGAUCAUGAGCUUCCUGCCAGACAAUCGGCCCAUCACCUCGCUGCACAUCGUCGAGGAUUUCGAGCGGUGCCCGAAGAACUUUAGUGCCAUAAACCGCACCUACGAUCAGGACUCGGAUGCGGAUCUGUGGCGCGACUACAGCCUGUUUGGGCGCCAGAAUACACGUUAUCUCUGCCUGUCCAAGUCCGAGGGCCUGCCGGAAUACGUGGUGGAGACACUGCAAGUCAUUGCGGACAAGACGGCGCCGCCCAAGGAAUUCUCGCAGGUCUCUCGCACCGCCGACAGUGACCAGAAGGCCUGGCGCAAGCGGCAGAUCAUCUACAAGCUGUCCAAGCGCGGCACAGUCACCCAGGCGGUCACCGACAUCAUACUCUGCUCCAAGCUAAAGGUCGCACCCGAUGGCUUCAAGCUGGCCGGCGACAUCAACGGAGUGCUCGUCUGCUAUAAGACGAGCGCGAUUCCGGUGCGCCUGUCGCCACCAGUGCCGGGUGGAGGAGUUGGAGGCGUUGGAGGUGUUCCAGUGGCCGCCACCUGCGAGGUGGAGCAGGCCUUGAACCGCCUCAACCUUCAGGGCCAGCGCAACUCACGUGGACCACUGCCACAGCCACCGACUGAACACCAUGACUACGAGGAGAUCCAAGCCAACUAUCAAGUAAACUCGCCACAGCGACCGGCGCCACCUCGUCCGGCGGGAAUGGGUGCCAGCGGAGGAGGACGUGGUGGUACUUACGGCGGCACCGGCACCCUGGGCACCUACACCGAGCUGGAGGGCGUGCCAUUCGUCAUGGACAUUAGGCUGCAGCGCAACCAAGCUGUAACUGAUGUGCCCACAUUGCCGGAGAUCUCCACACUGCUUAAGUCUUUGGACUAUGACUUUCAAUUGGAACGUCAGAUCUUGUGCACCAUGAAGUCAUCGGCGUCAAAGAACCCGUUCUUCAAGUAGGAAGAUUGCAAACACUCAUCUAGGAAACACUCGUCACAAAUUGAGCGUUUAGCAAUAUACCAUUUAUACAACAAUACAACAAUACAACAAGGCAACAGAACCGGAAAUGAGUGGAUUUAAUACUUAGUUUAGCGUAAGCUUGAACAGAUCUGAUGCGCAUGUGGCAGCUGCCAUGGUAGACCGUAAACCCAGUAGUUAUUCAGUUGAAUUAAGUUCUGAGGCCCCUGUUCCCUUAGAGUAAAAUGUGUGUAAUAUUCCUGUGCCUUCGAUAUGUAUCUAAUUUUCAUUGAUUGCCCAAGCGAGCAGUCGUAGACCUCAGUUUUUUAAAGUCCCUCAUUGGAAACCAACCCUAGCAGAAGCAGAAGCAGAAUCAGAAUCAGAAUCCUACCUAUUUACAUCAUAGAAAUCAUUCAUAUACAUGCAUCGAUUAACCCCGAAUUGUGAUCAGAAAAGCAGAUUUGUCAUUACUUUAGAAGCGCUAAAUCGGAUGGCUUUACGUGUACACAACACAUACAAUUAUGUAAUUCGAAAGGCCCACGCAUUAGAUAUACACCUACCGCAUAUGUUUAAACAAAAAUGUAAUGUUAAUGUUGAUAGGAGUCUAGGAAGCGGAUUGCUAAUAACGAACCUAAUAUAAACCUAGUACAUACAUGCAUAUAUCUGAUAUAUAUAUUAUAUACAUACGUUUAUAGGCCACUUAGCACUUAAAACCAGUUGGUUUUUAAAAAGAUAUAUCUAUUACACAUUAGCUCUAGUGACGAUUAGACUGUAUUGCGAAAUCAUAGAUUCUUCCCAACUGCCUCCGUCCCCGUUCGCCCAACAUUCCCCGCUCCCAAUCUAAUCGCCUCCUCGAAAAACUUACACCCCACCAUGUGUUAUAGAGCAGUUCAAAUACAAAAUACAAAAUACAAACAAAAUAUAUUAUACAUAUA